CAGAAACUAAAUAUUGAGAUAUAGACUGCCAUCUUGGAAGCUGGGAAAUAUCAUUCAGAACAAGAUGGGGCUACUACUCUCCGGUGUUGGGAUAUUGGCUCUGUUGACCUCUGUUAGCGGACAAUUGCAAACACGAAUGGUAAAUCGUAAAGUUGGUCCAGUCAUGUGCAAUAAGAACUCAGCCGACGGAACGCUUACCAUGACAUUUGCCUCGCUACUGAUGGAUGACGACAUCCAAGAGGUCAUAGGUUGUGACCUGGAAACUUUGGCGGAUGGCACUGUCGCUAGCAGUUGCGACACCUACGAGCUAUGUGAGCACGAGCCCUUUACGGCAAUGGACGACCAGGGAGUCCAGCAGAGGUACAUCAGGUUUACCACGACUGUCGAUUUGACAGAUACCAGUCGGUCGGCGGCCACGAACCCGUGUGGAUACAGACAGAACAUUUUCGAAUGGAUGAUAGGAUAUCGUCACGACAAGCAGUUGCUACACGGAGUGGACACGAACUACAUUUUGGCUUGUGACGCAGACGCCGUGCAGGACCGGAAACUUACGAAGGUCAUUGUGGUCACGCAUAAUGAUCUCCUAGAAACGCUGACAGUUAAUAACCCCGUAGUGACGAUGCACGUGUUAAAACACGUGGGAGGUGACAAUUACCAGGAAACUACUUCUUGUAUAGUGGGGGAGGAUAUGAAGCUGGAAAUUCGCAUGGAUAUACCCGGAGUGUACAGUGACUUCGUGGUCCCAUGGGGCUUGUAUUCCUACCUCCUGACCAUCUCCCCCGGGGAUCCCUUUACCAGCCCCAUCCUAUCUCUCACAGAUGCCAACGGAUGCGAUCUUGACGACAACGUCCUUGAUUUGACGUAUGGAUUUGAACGUCAGCCGCAAUCCACGACGCAGAUGGCGUACUAUCGCACAGGAACGUUCACGUGUCGACGCUUUGCCCGCGUAAACUCCAACACCCUUCUCUUCUCUAACGUUAUCAAUUACUGCUUUGGGAUGUACGAAGAUGACCAGCUGUGCCAUGAUUCCUGCGCGACCUCGACCGCAAGAAAGCGCCGUGACGUCACAGCCAAUGACACUGAUCUAAAUGACGUCAAAGUUUACGCAUCGCUGACCAUUGAAGAUGUUGAAAAAGAGGAUGAAAAUGAUGUUGAACAAGAUAUUGAAAAAGAGGAACAGGAAGGGCCUAUCACCCAAACUACCAUUAUCGUUGUUGCUGUGGUUGGUGGUGUGGUCAUUGCAGCUCUCCUAUUGGCUACAGUUCUCGUCUGUUGCCUGUACCACCGCAGGUCGUCUGUGCACGCAGGCAGUGACAUCGACUCGCGCGCAUCAUCAACCCGGAAACUGCCGCUGUAUUGAAAGGACAAAUAUAACGGAGAUAUGUGUAUAACAUCUUGUUAUAAUAAUUAUUUCUUUUCAAAAUCAAACACAAGAAAAUUGUACUUGUCUUUUUCGCAUAUGACUCACUUUGUUAUGUGUUUAUUAAUAACAACACUUUGGUCAUCAUUUCUAAAUACAUGUAACAACCACCGUUGCUAAAUCUCAAAUAGUAAAUGCUCUGGAAGCUUAAUUGAUACAAUUGUGAUCUCCUGUAUUUCUAACAUGGUUACAAACAACUAUUUCAGCUGUACUUGUUUCAUUAACAUCUAUCAGCACAUCAUCAAAUGGUUCGCGUUUAAAACUUAUUAACAAUGUCACUAACUUUAACCAAGUUCUGAACAGAUCGGCCUUUUAAAAAAAUAUACCCAAAGCAAAUGUUGGAAGAUAUCGUCUUUGUUUUCUUAUAUAUACACAUUGUACAUGUAUGCGCUUUGACAAAUAAAUACUCGUUUAACAAUUA